CUCAACUUUGACACACUGAGCGUCGCUCAGGUUGAACUAAGGCAGACUCUGAACUGAACUGCCCUUCAGUUCGUUCAAGUUCAUUUAAACCUAUACAACUAUUCAAAGGAAAUAGUCAGUAAACCUGCAGCAGACUUAAAGAUGUCGUCCAAAAAAGUGGUGGAGUUGUUUUACGAUGUGGUGUCACCUUACUCCUGGCUCGGCUUUGAGGUGAUGUGUCGCUACAGAAACGUGUGGAACAUAGACUUGAAGCUGCGUCCAGCUUUUCUGGGUGGUGUCAUGCAAGGAUCAGAAAACAAGCCUCCUGGUUUGGUUCCUAAUAAAAUGAUGUACAUGAGUGAGGAUCUGAAGCGCCUGGCAAACUACUUUGAUGUCCCUUUGAAGGCACCGUCAGACCCCUUUGAGGCCAUGUUCAGAAAAGGGUCUUUGUCAGCAAUGAGAUUUGUGACUGCAGUGCAACGGGGGGAGAAAGGUGACGAUAAGCUGGUGGAGCAAGUUUCCCGCGAGCUAUGGAGACGGAUCUGGAGCGAGGACAAAGACAUCACUGAACCUGCGUCACUUAUUGAGGCAGCAGCAAAAGCAGGAUUGCCUGACAGUGACAUCAAGGAAGCGUUAAAGCUGCACACCUCAAAGGACAUUAAAGACGAGCUUAAAAAUGCAACACAGGAAGCACUCGGUCAUGGGGCUUUUGGCUUCCCCAUGAUGGUGUGCCAUAUUGAUGGAAAGCCAAAGAUGUUCUUUGGAUCAGACAGAUUUGAGCUCAUGGCCCACUGCAUUGGAGAGAAAUGGCUCGGACCUAGACCUGAUAGUUCUCCUGCUAAGCUGUGAGGUGACAACAGUCUUCGUGUGCUGCUGAUUUGCUCCCAGAUGCGAAUAUUGCCAUUUCGUUCUUGCUUUUUUUCCGUAAGUUUCCAGAAUUCCUGUUUUCUCAGCCGUGCCUUCUGAAAAACAAGCUGGCCAUCUCUGGAAAAGCUCAGUAACUCAUGAUUAUUAUACAUUACCAUUGUAGGGCUAAAUACCACCACAGUACAAUAGUUACAUAUUUAUAGUGUUUUAUAAAUUAAGUGCUGACAAUUUUCUGACGUAAGAUGAUCUUUGCCUUAUAAUAUACGAAAAAACAAUGUCAUUUUUGUAGCUUUUUUUUGGUCAAGAUGUCAUGCAGAUGGUUUAUGAUUGUGGCCUAGAAAACCUUCUCUAAAUACUGGUUGGAAAACAUUCAGGCAUUUAGUGCAGGCGUUUAUGUUGAAACACAAAAGUGUUAUGUAACAUCUGUGUUUUACAGCUAAUAUACUAAUACAUUCUCUUCAAUUGUAUUUUUUCAUAGAUCAGUGUAAUAAAGUGUCUGAAAGUUUGGAAACCUUUGAUAAUCUUCUGUUUCAUACCUAAAAAUGAUGUAAAGCACCAUUAAAAGUCUUCCAAGUAAAUCCCAAUAAAACAAAUGAUGGUAAGAA